AGCGCUGCGUCCGCAUAGCGACGUCACCACCACCAACACCGCCACCGAGGGGGAAGGCCUCGGCGUGACCUCCUCGUCCUCCGCACCGGCUUCUGACUCCUCCGCACCGUCUUCAUUCUCUUGUCUGAGACGCCCAUGGCUCACGGACACGAGGCGGCCCACGGGGCCCACGAGGCCCACGGGGUCCGCGGGAACGUGCCCGGCGUGGACAUGCCGGACUGGAAGACGUGGAAGGUGGAGGGGACGCCGCUGGAGGUCGUGCAGCAGCGGCUGGCGAAGCGUGGCCUGCGGGAUCCUUGGCUCCGCAAUGAAGCAUGGCGAUACAGUGGGUCGUUUGCCAACCCACCUACGUUUUGGAAAGUUGUCUUCAAGGGCUUCAAGUAUGGCUUUGCAGCAUUUGCGGUGGCCCUGGCUGUCGAGUACACCGUUUUUCCACCCAACAAGGGAGGACAUCACUAAUUCAUCACCGGCGACACGUGUACACAGAUAACAUUGAGCAUUGUACUGUACUGAAAUAUAACAAAACUGUCAGCAGUUCUCCAUAAUUGUGAAAUAAAAUUAUAGCUUCA